AUGAAAUUAACUUUUACUGUCUUUACUGGUUUUUUAUUUAUUGAUUAUAGAAAAUUGUUUGUCCAACCAACAUUUAAGAAUGAAGCAAUUGACACUUCCAAAUUUCUUUAUGAUGGAAAGUGCCGAGACAUUUUUAGAUAUAAACCAAAUAACAAAAGGGAUUUGGUGUUUUGGGCUAUGUAUUUUAAGAAUCAAGAAAUGUGGGUCAAACAAAGAGAAACAAUUGUAAGAACUAUGUCAAUUCUUAAAUCUGGAAUACCAAAUGUUAAGAAAGUUUUAGUAUUGUAUGGCCAAGCACCAGAUGGAUUUCUCGAUCUUAUGAAAAGUUUUAAUGUUAAAGUUAUUCGAAGAAAAAAAGAAUUAAAAUAUAACCAAGUUUGUAAUGCUGCUGUAUAUCGCUUCUUUGAUCUACUUGAAUAUUUGAAACAACAUGGAGGAGAGUUUGAUAGAGUUGCCAUCACUGAUUUCAGAGAUGUUAUCUGGUUUGCUGAUGCAUUUUCUACUAUUAGACCAGAUGAAUUAGUAAUUACCAACGAAUGCAGUGGUAAAGGAAAUGGGACAAUCAAGUGUAUUGAUUAUACUCAAAAGUUAAAUUACAAAUGGCUUACUAAUACUUUUGGAAAAAACCUUGCAAAUCAACUAAGAAAAGAAAGAAAAAGAAUAGUCAAUGUAGGUAUUGUUAUUGGGAAUAUACAAAAAGUUAAGAGGUACUGUGAGUUAUUCAAGCAGUACUGUCCUAAAGAUAAAAUUGAAAAGUGGGGUACUGAUCAAGCAUUAAACAAUUAUUUGUAUUAUACCCAUAAACUUGAUGAACUUAAUGUUACAAUUGAGACCAUUAGUCAAAGAAUUGGAUUUGAUGUUAUGGAUGGAUGUAUUUGGGAUAAAAGAAAUAAAAUACUGAUAGAACGAAACUCUUUAUGUUCUCCUGUACUAAGGCAUAAACAAACGGGAGCCUCAACCUAUCACCUGAUAUAA